AUGUCUUCCAUCAAAUCCAAACAUGGAGUUGACAACUCCAAGCUCGACGGUGAGGUUGCUGAGUUUCACGUCGAGGAAGCUCUCAAAACAUCGCAAGUCAAGGCCGAAGCAGGGCAGCUUUCUUCGGGCUAUGAGUCCCUAAGCCUGUGGCAAACCGUUAAGGUCUUCAAAGUUGCUUCGGCAUAUUGCUUCGCUGCAGCUUUCAGUGCUGCUACCGAUGGAUACCAGAUCGGGAUCAAUGGAAGUAUCAUUGCCAACAAGGGCUUCGUUCACCAAUUUGCGACUGCCACCAACGCCGACGGAGACGAAUACCUGACUGCUCCUAUCCUGGCUGGCUGGAGUUCUAUCAUGUCUGUCGGUCAGAUCAUCGGCAUGUUGACAAUUCCCUUCCUCUCAGACAAAUAUGGCCGCAAGGCUGCAAUGUGGACCUACUGGACUAUCCUUGUCAGCAGCGUGCUGUGCGAGACUCUGGCCAGGACUUGGCCAGUUUGGCUAGCCGCCAAGCUCCUUGCGGGAGUCGGAGUUGGCUGUCUUCAGUCCACUCUGCCCGUCUACAUCUCUGAGUGCGCUCCGACCCGUAUCCGCGGAGGUCUUCUCAUGUGCUACAGUCUCUGGUGGACUAUCGGAUCAUUCUUCGCUUAUAUAGCCCUCCAGCUGCUGAACCGAAAGAACCCCAACAUUUGGCUGACCCCAAUUUAUACCCAAUGGGCUCAGAUUGGUAUCAUGUUUAUUAUAUACCUCUUCCUCCCCGAGUCACCUGCCUGGUGCGUCAGUCGUGGUAACGCAGAUGGUGCCAAGAAGCAGCUGAUGAGGCUCAACCGCGGCGUCGUUGACUACGAUGAAGAGCAUCAGUACCAGAUCAUUGUGCAGACCUUUGAUCAUGAGAGGAUGGUUGCUGCUGAGCAGAAGAAAGAGCAUUGGCAUGCUAUCUUUCGCGGAACCGAUGGCCUUCGAACUAUCAUCUCUCUGUGGCCGAACUUGACACAGCAAUUUAUUGGCCUCACCCUCUUUACGACCUUUGGAACCUACUUCUUUCAACAAGCUGGUCUGGCUGACCCUUUUACGAUCAAAUGUAUUGCGUCUUCCAUUAACAUCACCACGCUGUUGAUCGUCGUCUUGGUGGCCGAUAAAAUAGGUCGUCGCCGUAUAUCAUGCUUCGCCACGACGCUCUCAUGGACAGCCUGUGUAGUUAUUGGAAUCCUUGGUCUGAUCCCCAGGACCACGGCGACUUCAAACAUCUUUGUUCUGUUUGUAUGCCUAUGGAAUGUCGGAAUGAUCUCCAAUGGCGCUGCUGGCUGGGGCUUCUUAGCUGAGAUAUCCUCUCUGCGUCUUCGGCCCUAUACAGCUGGCUUCGGGGCUGCAUGCACCUGUGUUGCCGGAGUCAUCAUGAACGUCCUAACUCCAUACAUGGUUAAUGCCAACAAGUGGAACUGGGGCUUCAAGACUGGCUGGUUUUACGCUGGUGUCGGACUACCCUUCGUUAUCGGUACAUGGCUUCUUCUUCCUGAUACAUCGGGACGAACUGCAGCUCAGGUUGAUGAACUUUUCGAGAGGAAGGUUAAGCCUUGGAGGUUUAGCAAGACUCAAACCACAGCCUGA